GGACCAUCGGAUUGCUAGCUGGGUAUCUCGUAUCCACUCUAAUUGCGAACGGUGCUAUAUUUGAAUGGCAUGCCGUGGAAUAGCUGAAUCGGUAAUGGUGAGUGAGGACCGUGAGGGUGGUAUCCAGAUGAGAGGGAAAGAAAACAAACUUGAUUUGACACCAAGUUGAUCCGAAUAGCUAGAUGUCUAUGUUGUUGUUGUAUUGGCACACGCAUACUCCGUCCGUACCAAGUCUCCAUUCGCAUUGGUGUACAGUUCACGACACAAUCUAUCAUUACCUCUCAUAUCUGCCAUCGAGUCCUUCUGCAUCCCUUCGGAUCUUGUUUAGUCCACCGGUGAUCCAUCUUGCAAGGGGUUCUUCAUUAAAUUAUAUUCCUUGUCAUCAUUUCGAUUAAGCCCAUUUACGGCACCGCUAAGAGUGUGUACCUACAAUCAAGGCUACUAGGUAAUUGAAUCAUUACAGACGACAAAGCCGAACGAGUAAAACAAGCACGCCCUAACAGACGUCGACUUCCACAAGUUCACACUCCUUCUUAAUAUCUACGCAAACUUUGGUGCCACAUACCUCAAACAAUAAUCACGUUCGAUACCCCUUCGCUCACUUAUACAUUCCCGAUCACAUCCGGACCUACAUAAUAUAAUAUCUAUUUCACUUUGAUAAGAGGGAGCUCGCCAUUUGGGAGUGGAAUACUCCCCCCUGGCUUUACUUGUCGCAUUGUAGCUGGCAGUACCAACAUUUGAGAUGUCGAGUUCUUUUGAGAAGUCUGUGAAAGGCGCGACGAAGAUCAAGGCUGCCCCUCCCAAGUCCAAAUACAUUGAGCAUAUCUUGAUAGCCACCCAUUCAGGCGAAGCUGGAGUAGCUGAAGUAUUCCGAGCGUUACAAAAUCGACUUCGCGAUUCGACAUGGACGGUGGUAUUCAAGAGUUUGAUCACUGUUCACUUGAUGAUCAGAGAAGGGUCUCCAGAUGCAACAUUGGCAUAUCUUGCGCGUCAUAGGAACAUGCUAGCAAUUAGCAGUUUCACCGAUGGUAAUCUCAUAGAGGCCGUGCUAACAGAGCAUGGCAAAGUGCAAACCCAAGGACGGAACAUUCGACAUUACGCAAACUAUUUGACCGAGCGCGCAAGAUCAUUUCGAGACACAAAAUGCGACUUUGUGCGUGGUGCAGAGGGAAGACUUGAGAAGUUAUCGGUGGAGAAGGGACUGUUGAGAGAGACAGAAUCUGUGCAGCAUCAGAUCACAGCAUUGCUGAAAUGCGACGUUUUGGAUAACGAACCCGACAAUGAAAUUACGAUUACAGUCUUUCGGAUGCUAGUAUUGGAUCUUCUCGCGUUGUUCCAUGUCAUAAACCAGGCGAUGAUCAAUAUAUUAGGUCACUUUUUCGAGAUGUCAAAACCUGAUGCAGAACGAGCUAUGGAGAUAUACAGAAACUUUACCCGGCAAACAGAUUUUGUGGUUGCGUACCUUGGUGUUGCACGUCAAUAUGAGCAUCAAACGCGAGUGGAGGUACCAAAGCUCAAGCAUGCACCUGUCAAUCUUGGAAAGCAGCUGGAGGACUACUUGAUGGAUCCGGAUUUUGAGGUAAAUCGAAGGCAAUAUCUUGCUGAGCAGGAGUCCAGCAAGGGUGGAAAGAGUGGAAACAAUGGCUCAAGCAAACCAUUUGCAGUACCCUCUAAGAGUGAAAGCGAAAGCAGGGCUGCAACUGGUCGUUCUUUUCCUGAUGCAGGGCAAGCGUCUUCUUCGAGCGCCACCACACAACCUCCUAAAGCACCCGCUGCGGAUUUGAUUGACUUCUUUGGUCCCAUUGAUACGCCACAACCAAUUGCCCCCCAGGUAGCGUUGCAACAGCAGCCUCAAUUUAACGGCGAUCCUUUUCAAAUGCAACAGCAACAGCAAUUCCAGCAGAAUGGAUUCAUUCAACAACAAUCGGGCUUCCAAGACCCUGGACAAUUUGCUCAACAGCAAGGCUUUAAUGGUGCCUUCAAUAUGCAGCCACAGAUAACCAUACAACAACAACAACAACAACAACAACAACAACAACAACAACAACAGCAGCAGCAGCAACCACAACAACCGCAACCCAUGCAACCAAACUUUACGGGUGUCGGAUUUGGUGGUUAUACUCCUCAGCAACAAUUCCAGCCAUCAGGUCUCUCAUCUAUUCCACAAGAUUCGGCUGCAAACUUCCAGCAACAGGGAAAUCAACAAAUGAACCUACAAACUCCACAGCAGACAAAUCCUUUCCGGCAAUCAAUGAUGACGAAUACUACGGGAAUGGCUGGACCUUCGUUUCCAGCUUCACCUCCUAUCACAUCACCAGUCAUUAGACAAUCAACAAACCCUUUUGCGAAGUCAGCAUCGCCGCAAUCACAACCUUACACACCACCACCUGAUCAGCAAUUUCAGCAACAACCAAUGGCGGCUCCUCUUAGAUCGAUGCAAACAGGCACAAAUCCUUUUGCCAAAAAUUUAUCUGUUCAACCAACAGACCGUCCCCAAACCAGUGGCGCCAGUCUUGCGCCACAGCCUACUGGAAAUACAAAUCCAUUCCGUCAAAGUCAAUUUGUCAACACGGCUACUGGUAUGGGCUGGCAAAACGCCCAGCAACCGAUAGGCGGUGGCUUAGACCAUCUUCAAACGGUUCCUGUAUUUCCUCGGCCCGGGCAACAGCAAGCUUGGCAGCAGUGAUCAAAACGUGGAUUCGUGAAGGGAAGUCCAUAUGUAUUUUGGACAUUAUGGUUCACGUGGACUUUUGUGCUAUGAUAUACAAUUUUUUGGUGUUUUAAGGAUCAUUACAAGCAUGGCGUUCUGAGGGUAUUGGAAUUUGAAGACCGGAGCA